AGAAAGUCGUAAACGCAGGCGCUGUGAGGCUGCGGGGCCUUCUGGGUAAAGAUGGAUUCCUACGACCUGUUUCGCCGGCUUGGAGCCGGCGCCAAGUUUGACGUGAAGCGGUUCUCAGCAGACGCUACUCGAUUCCAGGUAGGAAAAAGAAAAUUUGAUUCCGAUUCUUUGGAGGUCCUGAAGGGACUAGAUUUCUUCAGAAGCAAGAAGUCUGUCUCAAAUGAGUGUGGAGCUUUACAAAUACACCAGGAGUUCCAAAAUGAGGAGAAAACAGAAGAGGGCCUGUUGGAAAGGAGUAAGGAGCCCAAGAAGAAAAAGAGAAAGAAGAUGAAUUCAGAAGUUCUUGCUCAAGAAGACUUUGACGGUACUAUACAGUGGACAUCCUCUGUAGAAGCAAAGCUUCAAGAUAAAAAAGCCAAUGGAGAGAAGAAAUUAACUUCAGGAAAGUUGGAACAUCUCAGAAAAGAAAAGAUCAACUUCUUUCGGAACAAACACAAGAUACACGUCCAAGGAACUGAUCUUCCUGACCCAAUUGCUACGUUUCAGCAGCUUGACCAAGAAUAUAAAAUCAGUUCUAGAUUGCUCCAGAAUAUUCUAGACGCAGGCUUCCAAGUGCCCACGCCAAUUCAGAUGCAAGCCAUUCCAGUUAUGCUGCAUGGUCGGGAACUUCUGGCCUCUGCUCCUACUGGAUCUGGGAAGACGUUGGCAUUUAGCAUUCCCAUCUUAAUGCAGCUGAAACAACCCACAAAUAAAGGCUUUAGAGCCCUGGUUAUAUCCCCAACCCGAGAACUUGCAAGCCAGAUUCACAGAGAAUUAAUUAAAAUAUCUGAGGGAACAGGAUUCAGGAUACACAUGAUCCAUAAAACUGCAAUAGCAGCUAAGAAAUUUGGACCUAAGUCAUCAAAGAAGUUUGAUAUCCUUGUAACUACUCCAAAUCGACUGAUCUACUUGUUGAAGCAGGAUCCACCAGGGGUUGACCUAACAAGUGUUGAGUGGCUGAUAAUAGAUGAAUCGGACAAACUGUUUGAAGAUGGCAAAACUGGCUUUAGAGACCAGCUGGCUUCCAUUUUCCUGGCCUGCACAUCCCCCAAGAUCAGAAGAGCAAUGUUCAGCGCAACUUUUGCAUAUGAUGUUGAGCAGUGGUGCAAGCUCAACCUGGACAACGUCGUUUCCGUGUCCAUCGGAGCAAGAAAUUCUGCAGUCGAAACUGUUGAACAAGAGCUUCUCUUUGUUGGAUCUGAGACUGGAAAACUUCUGGCCAUGAGAGAACUUGUUAAAAAGGGUUUCAAUCCACCUGUUCUUGUUUUUGUUCAGUCCAUUGAAAGAGCUAAAGAACUUUUCCAUGAGCUCAUAUAUGAAGGUAUUAAUGUGGAUGUCAUUCAUGCAGAAAGAACACAGCAGCAGCGAGAUAACACAGUCCACAGCUUCAGAGCAGGAAAAAUCUGGGUUCUUAUUUGUACAGCCUUACUUGCAAGAGGGAUUGACUUUAAAGGCGUAAACCUGGUCAUCAAUUAUGAUUUCCCCACCAGCUCAGUGGAAUACAUCCAUAGGAUAGGUCGAACUGGAAGAGCAGGGAAUAGGGGAAAGGCUGUUACAUUUUUCACUGAAGAUGAUAAACCAUUACUAAGAAGUGUUGCCAAUGUUAUUCAGCAGGCUGGUUGCCCUGUGCCUGAAUACAUAAAGGGCUUCCAGAAACUACUAAGCAAACAAAAGAAAAAAAUGAUUAAGAAGCCAUUGGAAAGGGAGAGCAUUAGUACAACUCCAAAGUACUUCUUAGAGCAAGCUAAACAGAAAAAGGUUGCUGGCCAAAACAAGAAGAAGAAAGAAACUGUCAAAGAGAAAAGUUAAAACUAAACACCUUGAAAGGCAGUCCCUGCAGGGUGACUUGAGCCUGGCGUGAGUUCUCAUGGAGUGCGUAAGCCAUCUCACCAACCAUUUUAAAUCAACAAGGAUAUGCGAGCACAGGAUGGUCCUGAUGUAGUGAUGCCUCAAGCUUCACUUUGUAGGUGGAAUUUAUACAAUGGAAGUAACAUGCAUUGACAUUUCUGCCUGAAUCCAGAGAAAUACUUCUUAUAGAAGAACAAGAGCUGAUACUAAAAUAACACCCAAAUGUGGUGAACUCUUAAGGAUUUUGCCCUUCAAGAGUGAAGGAAAGUGUGAUGAUGCUGUGGAGAGGCUUCUGGAACAGAAUUUUAAAAUAAAACCUUGAGCUUGAGAGCACAUCCA